AUGGUCUCUGUUGGGUAUAAACAGAGCAACGCCGAUCACACUUUGUUUGUGAAGAAAUCAGGUGCUAAAAUUUCUAUUCUCAUUGUCUAUGUAGAUGACAUUGUUGUCACGGGGAAUGACAAUGAUGAGAUCGGUCGGUUGAAGAAGUUUCUCGGACAAGAGUUCGAGAUAAAAGAUCUUGGAAAGCUACGGUACUUUCUUGGGAUUGAAGUUGCUCGAUCUUCAAAGGGUAUAUUUCUAUCACAAAGGAAGUAUGUCCUUGAUCUUUUGACAGAGGUUGGGUUAUUGGGAUGUCACCCUUUUGAUACGCCUAUUGAGGCCAAUACUCGUCUUCAAGAAAAAGAUGGUGAUCCAGUGGAUAAGGGUUGCUAUCAACGGUUAGUGGGCAAGUUGAUUUAUUUGUCCCACACCCGACCCGAUAUUGCUUUUGCUGUGAGCCUGGUGAGUCAAUUUAUGCAUGAUCCACACUCUACUCGUAUGAAUGCUGUUCUUCGGAUCCUUCGGUAUUUGAAAUCUGCUCCUGGGAAAGGGAUUCUUUUAUCUCCUUAUGAUGGCUUGAAGGUUGAAGCUUAUACGGAUGCUGAUUGGGCUGGAUCUCCGGACCGAAAGUCUAUUUCUGGGUAUUGUAUUUUCUUAGGAGGGAAUCUUGUGACUUGGCGCAGCAAAAAGCAGAAUGUGGUUGCUCGGUCUAGCGCUGAAGCAGAAUUUCGUGCGAUGGCACAAGGAGUUUGUGAGCUGUUAUGGCUUAAAGGAUUACUAGAAGAUCUUGGUGUAUCUGCUCAUCUUCCUAUGAUGCUAUAUUGUGAUAAUAAGGCCGCCAUUAGUAUUGCUCACAAUCCUGUACAACAUGACUAGAUUGUGAUA